GGAGCCGCUGGCCAGAGACGGCUUCGGCCAGCACGUGGCCUUGGCCCCCACCAUGGAGCCCCUGUUCCCAGCCUCUAUGCAGGACUGGAAUGUGUCGGUCACCCCUGGAGGUGGCCACAACGGGACACAGGGGGGAGUAGCAUCCUCGGUGGGUGCCCGGGCAGUGCUUGUGCCCAUCCUGUAUCUGCUGGUGUGUGUGGUAGGGCUGGGUGGCAACACACUGGUCAUCUAUGUGGUACUGCGCCACGCCAAGAUGAAGACGGUCACCAACGUGUACAUCCUCAACCUCGCCGUGGCCGACGUGCUGCUCAUGCUGGGGCUGCCCUUCCUGGCCACACAGAACGCAGUCUCCUACUGGCCAUUCGGCUCUUUCCUGUGCCGCCUGGUCAUGACGCUGGACGGCAUCAACCAGUUCACCAGCAUCUUCUGCCUGACCGUCAUGAGUGUGGACCGCUACCUGGCCGUGGUCCAUCCACUGCGCUCUGCCCGGUGGCGCCGCCCGCGGGUGGCCAAACUGGCCAGCGCAGCCGUCUGGGCCUUCUCUCUGCUCAUGUCGCUGCCGCUGCUGGUCUUCGCUGACGUCCAGGAGGGAUGGGGCACCUGCAACCUCAGCUGGCCGGAGCCAGUGGGACUGUGGGGUGCCGCCUUCAUCACCUACACGUCUGUGCUGGGCUUCUUCGGGCCGCUGCUGGUCAUCUGCCUCUGCUACCUGCUGAUUGUGGUGAAGGUGAAGGCGUCGGGUGUGCGUGUGGGCUCUUCGCGGCGACGGCGGUCGGAGCGCAAGGUGACACGCAUGGUGGUGGUGGUGGUGCUGGUGUUCGUGGGCUGCUGGCUGCCUUUCUUCAUAGUCAACAUCGUCAACCUGGCCUUCACGCUGCCCGAGGAGCCCACCUCCGCCGGCCUCUACUUCUUCGUGGUGGUCCUGUCCUAUGCCAACAGCUGCGCCAACCCCCUGCUCUACGGCUUCCUCUCUGACAACUUCCGCCAGAGCUUCCGGAAGGUUCUGUGCCUCCGUGGGGGCUAUGGUGCAGAGGAUGCAGACACCGUGGAGCCACAGCCGGACAAGAGUGGACGGCCGCAGGAGGUGGCGCUGCCUGUGCACAGCUGUGAGGCCAAUGGACGCAUGCAGACCAGCCGGCUAUGAGGCCCCAGCAGUGCCCAGGUCCUGCGGGCUCCCCAUUGCCCAGCCCUGGGGCUACAAGAUGGGUACUCCUCAGUGGCCCUGUGAGGAUGGGGCUGAAUGGGGCCAGAGAAGGUGUGGACAUGGCAUGGUGGGUGCCUCGGUGACCAGCUGGUUGCCGGCCUGUCCUCCUGCUCAGGCCAGGUUCUAGAGAGGAAGAAGGGAUUUGGUCAUGCCCCAGGAAGUGCCUGGACAUCUCCGCCUCCCAUCCUGGCCCCAACCUACAUCAGCCAUCCAGGCCAGGGAGCAGUUUCUCUAGGAGGCCAGCUAUGGGGAGACACUCCUGACCACUGGUGUGAGCCUGUGCUGGGGCUCUGCCCACUCUCUGUUUGUACCCUUGUCCUUGAGCCCUGAGUCACCUGGUCACAGAGCACAAUGCCCUGUAUGCUCAGCUCUGGCCUCUGCUCCCCAGAUCUCCUGGGGACCAGUGGCCACCCCAGCUCCUUGCUGGCCCUAUAGCUGUGUGGACCUCGGGGAGGCAGGUGCAAAGCCAUGUAGGUCUUGGGCAGCCAGCAUGAACUGGAAUCCCAGAGGAUACCCUCUCCUCAGGGCCUCUGUCCACCCACCUGUCCCCCAUCACCUCUGUCCAGGGGGGAGACAGGCACCCUCCCGGGCUCCACACUGGGAUGGAGGAGGGGCACCCACAGGGACAGGGCAUGGCCACACUGGCAGACGUUUAGUCUGAGGGGCCCAGCGGGGGCAAGGAGGUGUCUUUGAGGUCAGGGGCCGCAAGGCAGCACAGUCCUGUCUUUUGCCUGGUUGGGGGCUCAGGAGGCAGCCUGUAGCCAUCCAUAGGGGCCGCACUAUGUGGGUUAACACAAAUGCCAGCAAGGGUGGGCCCCCCGAGGAAUCUGCCCUCUAGGCUGGAACUGCCCAGGUGCAGGGGCCAAGCACCCCGUGCCAAACCUUGCUGGGAUUCCCCCCAGGGGGCACACUGCUUUGGGGCAGCCCUGCCUGGCACUGCACAGCCCUGCAGGAAGGUGCUGUGCCAGGCUAAGCAGGGCUGGGUAGCACAAAGGCUAGGCUGGUGCUGCUGGGCAGCAGGCACGACCCUCUGCCAGAGGCCAAGCCUGGACACUCAUUCUGUGUGCUGAGGGCACUUGUGUUCGAGAACCUGCUCCCUGAAUGAAUUAGAGAAUAAAUGUUUGAUCCUUCCUCAAAGCAAAUAUUGUCCCUGAA